AUGCUCAUCAAGUAUCCUAGCCUCUUCGCCGCAACGUACACCAGCUUUCAAACAUCAACCUUCUCAGCAUCAUCGACGUCAUUGAAGAGGAAGCGAACAGCAGGCACACGACAGUGCCAGAACUGCCAGAAUGCACCGAAAACAUAUGCGACGAUAGCAGGGGAGACUGACGAUCAUAACGACGGCAAUGCCGAGCAACAAGGUCAACAUGCCUGGCCGACACCACCCGCUGGUCAGAAGUGUCCAACGCCAUAUCAGAUCUUUCAGAUGAAACACAAUGCGGCAUAUACCAAGUCGAGGUUCUACCAUUUGGUGAAGCAAUAUCAUCCGGAUCGCGCCACAAGCAACAGCAACAAUCAUAGCGUCUCGCAUGCGGUCAAAAUGGAGCGCUACCGUCUGAUUGUUGCGGCCAACGACAUCCUAUCUGAUCCCACGAAACGCAGUGCAUAUGACCGAUUUGGCGCCGGCUGGAAUGGCAAUGCAGCCAUACCUACUCGAAGGAAUGACAGCGACCCUGCUGGACCGUUCAGUCAGAACUGGAACAGCAACCCAUCCGACCCAAUAUGGAAGAACGCUACAUGGGAGGACUGGGAACGCUUCUACCACGCCCGCGCAAAGGCGAACGGUACCGCGGCAGAAGGCGUACACAACCCGAAUCGAACUGGACUGUAUCUGCAAAACUCCUACUUCCUACUCGUGGUCAUGGCUUUAGCACUCAUGGGUUCCACGGCGAACUACUCGCGCGCACAGAACGAAGGCCAGUACUUCGUCGAUCAGCGAGAUAUCAUCCAUGAUCGGUCGGCGAAAGACUUGCGGAAAGCGAGGCAAGAAGCGUUGCAUUCGGGGUCGAAGGAGGAUCGGGUGCAGUGGUUUCUACGGAAUCGGGAGGCUACGAUGGGAGUGGCCGGGAGUGAUAUCGAGACGCUGAGGGAGGAGAAGGUCGACCGAUUAUUGCCUGAUCGGGAUGUUUGCAGGAGUGAAGAGGUGAAGGAGAAAGACUGA